UCACGCAGGCCAGGUUUUCGUUUGCAAACACAUAUCCCUGGCAGCGUCAGAGUUCUGCCGAGGAGCAGAGCAAAAGGCGUGAGGGCAGCAGAGGGCGGGGCGCGUGAGAAAGAAGAAUUAAAGACGAGCAUGGAUGGAUUUUUGUUAUCUCGGAUAUCCAGACUGAACGACAUAGGCUAUGUUGUUAUGGCCAUGUGAAUCCUAGUGAGAGGCAGUGAGGUACACGUCAGGGAUAUAGGCUACACACAUACACAAAUGCACGAGCUGAACGGGAUGCCCGCGUGACUGCAGGGAGGGAAGAUGCGGAGAAGGAGGGGAGUCUAGGUGUUUCUGGACCACCGCAAAAACCCUAAGAUGGACUUUUUUUAAAAAUUAAAGAAAAAAAAAUUAAAUUAGCCUUUCCAGCUUGGCAACUAAUUCCGAUUUACAUUGAAAAUCGAUGAAAGAUCUCGAGGUAAUUAGUCUUCGCCACCUGAACGAACCGAUGUAAUCUUGUGGCUUUGAUCUUCACGUUGUCUUUUCUUCUCCGUGACAGGACGAGGAAUUAAUUUAAGGUCGCGGGAGGGGGACGGACGUUGUUCUUCCUUACUGGACGCACGGACUGACCGCCGUAUGUCACUUGUCCAGAGAUCGAAAACAACGAGCGAUCAGCUGCUUUCUUUGGGACGCUUUAGAAAUUGCGGCCUGCUCGGGUCUCCGGUUACCGCAAUGCCACACGGGCGAGAGGAGAGAGACGUGGGAGAAAGAAGAUGGAGAGAAAGAAGCUACAAAAAGCUAAUGUGCUUAGCGAUAAUGUGAAGAUUUCAAAGAAAAAACAAACUUGAUCCAUUUGUGUGAUUGUGUUUUAAUAGACCUUAGCGGGAGAAUGGCACAAACUGUACUUUGUGAGCUACAGUGGCCUGUGAGCUGCAGGGGGUGAAAGGACACUGCAUUCAAGGAAGCAAUCUUAGUACAAUAGCCGAAACGUCAAAUGAGGUGAGUAAGGCGGUUGUGACGCUGUUGUGGCUACUCAAUUCUCAACUUUCUGCUGACAAAGUUCUUGGACUCACUGACUGGACUGUAGUGCACACCAUGGGACAUUGCACAGGAAAUAUUGCAAUUACCAGUGGAGAGUUUGGCGCAUAAUUUUGAUAGACUGGAGCUCUGAUGCCAGCAUUUAUGUCUCUCCCUCCUCUGUUUCUGCCCACUCAACUUGUUUUAUGAACUCAGAGUAAGCGUGAAACCUCUCCCAGCCUCUUCCACAUACACACAAACAAGUCAAACAUGCCUUCACCUUCAGAUUCCAGCAGCGUGGCUUCAGCCUCUGGAUCUCGAGGUUGGUCAGACAGCCGCAGAGGCAUGUCAGGCCGGGGACCUGGAGGGGCACGGUUGCUCCUGUACCUGGGGCUGUGCCACCUGGGCCUUGGGGCUAUGGUGCUGGCCUUCUCCUUCACCAGCAUGGCCUUCACCUCCUCUGCUCGUGUGAGGCAGUCCUGCCCAUUCUGGGCUGGCUUCUUUGUGGUGGCAUCAGGGAUAGUUGGAAUAAUAUCCUGGAGGAGACCUUUGACUCUGGUGGUGUCACUAUUUAUGUUGCUGUCUGCAGUGUGUGUCAUCCUCAGCCUGGCUGGCUCAAUGCUCUCCUGCCAGAAUGCACAGAUGGUCAAGUCUAUGCUCACCUGCCAGGUGGAGAACAGCCGGUGUGUGUGUUGUGCACUCUCUCCCACCUGCUCCAUAGAGGAGGAGGAUACUCUGGUCCUAUCAUACAGCCCCGGUAACACUAAAUGCCACUCAAUCAGACAUCAGCUGAAGGACCUUUUGUUCAGUGCAUGUGGGCUCAGCAUUCUCUCCACCAUUAUUUGUACGCUGUCUACUGUGACUUGUAGUAUCCAUAUUUUCUCCCUGGACCUUGUGCACCUGCUGGCCCCACAUCGCUCUCGGUCCGUCAAUCCAGAAUGCACCACUCCCCAAGAUGCAUUCCUGACCAACAUCAUGGAUUUUGAGGAGUUUGUUCCACCCAUCCCUCCACCCCCCUAUUAUCCUCCUGAGUAUACUUGCAGUUCAGAGACAGAUGCCCAGAGCAUCACUUACAAUGGCUCAAUGGAGAGCCCUGUUCCUUUGUACCCCACUGAUUGCCCCCCGCCGUAUGAAGCUGUGAUGGGACAAAGAGCCGUUAGCCAGGCAACAGUAUUUGACCUUCAUGGUGCUGAGCAGUCUGGAGAGAGAGGAACUUCUACAGCUUUCAGUGGAGAAGUGUCAAUGGACAGUGGAUCUCUGUUGAUGUCAGAAAUUGUGGACAUCCCAGAUGAUUCCUCCCCUUCUGAGGACUCCUGUCUAAUGGAGGUUGGGCUAAGGAACCAUGGGGAGAGGAGCAACAGGAUGUCUAGUGAUGGGGGAGAUGCAGGGGAGUACAUCAGCUUUCGUGGUCCACCGUCUCAAACACCAGAGAGUCCCCUGGCAGGAGGACCAAGAGCCAAGCGAUUCAUCAGAGGAGAGAGGUCUAACUCCUGCUCCUCACCCAGCACAGCUACCACCACAUACAGGUCUCCAGUAUUGCGUCGCCAAGCUAUGCUAGCUAGUAGCUGUUCCCAGCUUGAAGCAUUAGGGAGUUUAACUAAUCAGCAGCAAUCGUCUGUCCCUGAGAUUCGAGUUCAACCUUCCACUCCCUCAAGCCAAGGAGCUCCGGCUUCCUCUGCUCCACCUGCUUCAUCCCCCUCAGCUGUCAGUGAGCAUGGGAGUGUAUCACCUUUUCCUUACCAGUCCCUCUGCCUUCAAAGAAGGGCUGGAAGAAGUGAAAAAUAUGGAGAGAAUGUGAGAAGGCACAGUGAAAGUUUCCUACGCCUUGUGAGAUCACAUAGUGAACCAGGCCUCAGUUCUUCGACAGACACAGUUGACUUUGGCUCCGGAGGAAGCAAAGCAUCUACAGAGACAGGUCCAUCUUCUGAGGCAUGUCUGUUGCCUUGCACUCCUUUGCCUCCUGCUGCAGCUCUCCCUAGUAAAGGCAACAUGAAGUCAGCAGCCACAGGGGUGCAGGUGCCCUCCAAACCUGCACACACCUCACCACUACGUUUACCUAAAGACUGCCACCGUUCUCUUGGAGACCUUAAAGUUACCCGAGUUCUGGUGGCUCGCUUCCUGCAGCGCUCCAAACGUAAUCUGUCGCCCUCCUCCGAGCAUGCUGGGAGCACAGGACAGGGGUCUAAGAGGAGGAGUGGAGCCGAGGGGGCUGCCACCAACCACUUACCAUUGGAACAAGUCUUGCGGACCCCUUGGAGCACCAGCCGAGGACACCCCACCCAUCACUCCCAUCGUCCUCACCACCGUGGACAUCAUCAUUCUCACAGUGACAGUCGACACAACCGCCAUCACAGUAGCCGGGCGCCAGAGGGGAUCCACCUGCGCAGCUGUGGAGAUUUAAGCUUCUCCUCAUCUGCAUCAUUACGGCGAUUAGUGACACCUCAUCCACCACAUGGGUCAUCAGGGGCUCUCUAUUCAGAGUCUGCACUGUGAUGAGAAGAGGAGGGUGAAGGACAGACAGGGGAAGAAAGAAGGAGACACCACACAAGAUGGCAGGAUUGUGGCAAAAGCCCAAAAUGAACACAUUUUAUAAUGAGAUUUUAAAUGUCUUCCCCAUUUGUUUGUCAACACCAUUUCCUGAAGCCAGCUGAGCAAAUUACCUUAUUUAUUGGUGCUCAACAUUAUAUGAACAUCAUCCUGGAGCUCCUUAUUUCACCAACAAUCAAUGGCCAUAGGAUGCACAUUUCUGACAGAUGUGUUUCCCCUUCAAUCAGAAAACAUCCAAGAUUCUUUGAAACCAACGUACCAGAAGCAUCUUUAUUCUUGACCUCCUCUCAGUUCUCACCAGGAGAAAAAAGCUCAAGACAGGAGACAGAACUCAUCUGGCAUUCAUUCCACUACUGCUUAAAUGAGCAUUCACUCUGUUAGAAAAUCAUGGAUUGCAAAAUGAUUAUGGCCUUUUUGUGUAUUGCUGUUAACCCACCAGAUCGCUCAGGUGAAGCGAGUCAUGGGUAUACUUAUUUUGUCUUCCAUUUAUAUGACAAAAUGCUCCAAUAAACAAAUAGCCAGCUGACUGCAGUGUAAGAUAAAUUGAUGAGAUUGUACAUGAGGACGGAUCCUGCCAUGUACGAAACCCUUGAUGAGUUGUAUUUCUCUUUUUAAUGGAGUCCCACUUUAUUUUACACCUACAUGAUGGCUGUCACAAAACAAGGCAGUCAACAGACAUUGUUGCACACUACAGACACAUGUUCAGCCUUUGGAAUGUACUCUCUGGAUGGACACGGUGGUUUCAGUUCUGUGUGUGCAUGUUUUGCUACAGCUGUGAUACAGCAGGAAAAAAAUAGGUGCAUCCAAUCCUAUCUGUGUAACUAAGUAAUAAGUGCUCAGAAUGUCUUUAUCUGCAUGUUUGCUUCUUUCAUUUCUCCUCUUACACCCAAGACCUAGGAUAGUAGCCAAUGGAAUUGUAUUUGACUUAAAAGAAAGCUGAGAGGCAAAGGUCAAGGACAAAGAUUUGUCAUUUCUAUAGAGAUAUUUGAGAUGUAGGUUAAAACAGCCUGGUCCUUGUAAGAUAAAGAGGUGUAAACUACUGUGGAACAUGAGUCUUUAGCAGUAAAUGUACCGAGAAAUUUAUCAUGUGGUCAGGCUGCACACUGUGUGUUGGCACACGUCCUUUUGGACUUGCAAUAAUUGUUGAAGCAUGAUUAAAGGAAAAAAUUUAAAAGGAUAUCCAGAAGCUCUCUUGACAUUGAACAGAUGGUUGUUCUGGCAGCUCUGGAAAAGUUUUGAAGGAUCUUUGUAGUGUACAAACUUUUUUUUUUUUUUUGGAAGGUUUCUGGUGUGCUCACUAACUUUAAAGAUUUUUUUGUCUUUAAAGUCUUUAAAGAUUAAAGACUUUAAACACACAUUCACCCACAUACUUGUACACCCCCUAAUGAAAGGCACUGUGCUGUGUUUCUACCUCCUGUCUUGCAAAAAACAUUAUUUAUUUGAAGAAAUUGUAUCUGUAUUGCAGGCUUAACAGGAUACAGCCUUGGAACCUGAAUAAUAUGUAUUCUAAAUAUGACACUUACUUCAGAUAUGAAAUAAAUUAUAGACAAAAAAAGACAUUUCCUUCCAGUUGUGUAAGUGUUAUGAAGGACAAGAUCUUGCCACUCUGAAAUGUAAUACAAUUCUAUUUUUUAUGUACUUUUCCAGCUAAAACCCCGCCUCGCCUAUUGGUUAAACCAUAGGAGAGCUCUUGAACUAAUAUAACAGACCAAUGAGAAUAAUUAAUAGCAAAUGUGCAACUUUUUAGAGCUAUUAAAGUCAGAUACUAUGUAAUAAAAUAGCUGCAGGACUGAAUGCUGCUUUGGGGAGACGUUCACUGAAGCUCAGCAGCAGGAAGCAGAAAGGUGGUUUACAGUAAGAGAACAGUGUCAUUAUGGUAUGUAUACACAUAUACAGUAUAAACAAGCAAAAAAAAAAGAAAACUAGAGCCAGACUAGAUAUGCUAGAUGCCAAAACAAAAAAUGUAAAAUAAACAUGAAGGUAAACAUCUCAAAUGAUAAAAGCUGGUUUUUCUCUGUCAGUUCAGCAAGUGACAAACUUCACAAGUGCGACUGUAUGAUGAUUAAAAAUAUCUAAAGUUGAAUGUAAGUGUUACUAAUGUAACAUUUAUAGCAGAAAAAGUAUAUUUGAACAAAAUAUAAGAUGUAGAAAGCAAAGCAUUGUUUUACUCUCUUAACUUUCUUUUAUAUUUUACACUAUAUAUAAUAAUACCAAGUCAGACAGAAAAAGUGAUGGUGCCAGAGAUCAGUGAGUAAAAGUGACUAGCUGACUGUUCCAACAUGAUACAUUCCCAAAACAGCAUUUUUCUGUAUCCUGCAUAUCAGGGGACUAAUUGUUGUUACAUUCCUGUACAUCAGUGGAAAAUGGUUAAUGUGAGAUUAAAUGUUUAUCUUACUCAUGAACACUUUAGGUCAGAGCUGCUGCUUACCAUAUUUAUUUUACAUAACCAUGAAUUCAUGUUUAUUUAUUUAUCCAAGGAUUUAUUUCAAAGGCGUAUGUAUUUACCUAACUACUGUAAAAUAUUUAUUCUUAAGUGUUUGUUUGUUCCUUUAUUCAGUAUUGAUUGAAACUGAACUCCAUACCUCUCAAGGCUGAGGCACUGAUUCUGAAGGAUGUUUUACUGUGUUGUGAUUGGUUAUUUCAUCAGGAAACAUUGGUGUCGAGCUCACACACAUUUACCAUCCUUUGUGCUGAUGGUGCAUUUGGUAACAACUGGGAACUUCCCCAGAAAGGCAGCAUGAGAAGUAUAUGUAUGUUAAGUCUUUCAGUUGUUAUUUACAGUUGAUUUUAUUCAUUUGAAUAAAUUUGAUCACAUAUCUAUU